AAAAAAGAAUUUUUUCCCCUUUGAUCCAGGAUGUGUAAAUAUUGUGUUUCUUAUUUUUUAGGGCCCGUUUCUUUGUGUGACUGUGGGCAGCAGAAAUGUCUGGCUCCUGCGAGGACUCCAUGAUCGACGUCUCCAGUGACAGUUUCUGGGAGGUCGGUAACUACAAACGAACAGUAAAACGGGUCGACGAUGGUCACCGGCUUUGUAACGACCUCAUGACCUGUCUUCAUGAGCGCGCACGCAUCGAAAAGACAUACGCACAGCAGCUCACAGAAUGGGGAAAACGUUGGCGGCAGCUGAUAGAGAAAGGCCCUCAGUACGGCUCAUUGGAGCGAGCGUGGGCCGCCUUGUGCACGGAGGCAGAGAAGGUCAGCGAGCUCCACAUGGAGGUGAAGGCUCAGUUGAUGGGCGAAGACUACGAGAAGCUGAAGAACUGGCAGAAAGACUCCUACCACAAACAGAUGAUCGGGGGCUUUAAGGAGACCAAAGAGGCUGACGAUGGAUUCCGCAAAGCUCAGAAACCUUGGGCUAAGAAGCUAAAAGAGGUAGACACGAUGAAGAAAGCGUAUCACGCUGCCUGUAAAGAGGAGAAGUUGGCGACCAGCAGGGAGUCCAACAGUAAGCUGGAGAGCAACAACAACCCCGAGACGCUGAAGAAACUCCAGGAAAAGGUGGAGAAGUGUCAGCAGGAGGUGCAGAAGACUAAAGAACGUUAUGAGAAGUCUCUAGAAGAGCUGGACAAGUUGACACCUCAGUACAUGGAGAACAUGGAGCAGGUGUUUGAGCAGCUGCAGCAGUUUGAAGAUAAAAGAAUUUGUUUCUUCAAAGAGCUGCUUCUGGAGGUGAAGCAGCACCUGGACCUCUCGACCAAUCACAGGUUUCAGACCGUCUACCAAACGUUGGAAGACACUCUCACUGCUACCGACGCCGAGGAGGACCUGAAAUGGUUCCGGUUCAAUCACGGCCCCGGCAUGCCCAUGAACUGGCCUCAGUUUGAGACUUUGGACGCGUCUCAUCCUGCCUCCUUUAGGAGAAGGUCCAUUUUAGACUGGUCCAUAGACAUUAACAGAACCCUCAGCAGGCGGGAAAAGAAGAAGCCUGAAGGUGUCACACUGACAGGCAUCAAUCAAACCGGGGGAGACCAGCCUGUUCAGCCCACCAAGACUAGCAACAGGUUUGCUUCUAUUUUUACAAUUUACACAUUUAAAGCCCAGAGCUCCGAAUGUGCGAUUUCCCCUCCUCCUGAAGGAAUUCCUGAGGAAGCUCCGGGAAUGACGUGUAGCUUCACCACGGCAACGGUAAACAUGUUGUAGAGCGGUCAGGAAAAAUGGAUUCACUAGAGGCUGAACGUCUGCUGGUGCUCGUCUGAAAGCAAUGUGGAAAUACCUCACACACAUGCAGCUUCAUGAGCAUGAACGCCGUUAAUGGAAAGAA